AAGAAGAAAAACAUUUGUGAUGAAAAUUUGAUUAGCUAAACAUAAAAAGGUAAUUUGGAAGUUUACGAAACUCAUUCAGCUAACAUGAUAAUGUCCCAAGAUAAGAUGGCGGCAUAACUUACUUAUUUAAACUGAAAAGAGUCGGUGUUGUUUGCUCUUCUUGCUUUCGGCAACAAUAAAUAGCGUUAAGUUUCCAAUUCAGAGACAGCAAAACGCUUGCAAUUCACACCGUCCUAUAACAUGGCCUACAACUUCUCCGAUUCAAAUGAGUUUUCAAACAUUACCAACAAGUUUACAAAUGGCAGAACACCGAAUGACCCACUCCAGGUUAAUUAUAUCAUCACCAUCAUCAUUAACAUCAUCACAAGUCCCGUGACAGUCCUGCUUAACGUGUUGGUGAUAAUGGCCGUGAUAAGAAGACCAAGACUUCAGAGUUACCCCAACAUCUUGCUGGCCUGUUUAGCGGCAACUGAUGUCUUAACUGGUCUCAUCACUCAGCCAUCGUUUAUCCUGUGCGGAAUAUUACAGUUGCUUGGUAUGAACGAAUCUGAAGUAACUCUAUGCAGUUUUCAUUACUCUGUCUUACGCACCUUAUCUCUUUGCUCUUGUCUCCAUCUGAUGUUAAUUACUUGUGACAGACUUAUAGCCAUCAAAUUUACUCUUCGCUAUCCUCAUCUUGUCACAACGCGCAGCAUUAAGGUGGCAGUGAUCACAGUUUGGAUCGUCUCUCUUUUUCCUGGGGUAUUCAGGCCAAUAAACAAUGGACUAUUAGUAACAAUUUCCUUCUUUUUAGUAGCUUUUGCUUUUAUUUUCUGCAUUCUUUUUAUUGUAGUUUCUUACGUAAUCUUGUAUCUUGAAAUCCUUCGCCACCGGAAGAUGAUCAAAACUCAACAGCUACCGCAAGAAGAAGUGGAAAGAUUCGAUAAGGAGCACAAAGCGCUUAAGACAACUGUGUUUGUGGUUGGUGCAGUUCUACUUUGCUUUGUGCCUGUGGUUUUCAUUCUCGUGUUAAGAGGUGCUGGACUGGUUAUGUUAGUCUCUGUACCAUGGAUUCGUACAUUUCUCAUUGUAAACUCACUCCUUAAUCCAUUGAUUUACUGCUGGCGACAAGAAGAAAUGCGAAAGUUCGCAUUUAGAUUUAAGAGACAAGCCCACGUGCUACCUGCGAACUGAAAACAAACAAAACACUGGGCACUGGAUGCUAUAGCAGUGUGAUUACAGUCAUUUCCUCACUGUGAAUUAAUUAAAAUCGUUAAUAAAUUCGUCGAAAUUUUCGCAGUUGCGAUGUAACAUGAAACAUGUACAUAAGUAGACCGAAAAAUAAGGGAAACUCCGACAUUUAAAACUCUGAGAAAAAUUGCUUUUAACACAGUUUGAAUGAGCCUCUCCCGUGAGAGGUAAAUUGAAAACUAAUGAUAACAAUUAAAAGUAGCCAAAGCGUUGUAAAAGCUUUUCACGGGUGUAAAGAUUCCGGCCAAUUU